AUGAAGUCUCUUACUCGUUGCUUUGAUACCUUAUUAGGGACAACGAACCUACAUUUAGACAUUUCUGAUGCAGUAAACGUGAUGCUUUACGUGGGAGUUGCUCAUGGCGACUCGGACGAGAAUGCUGGGUCCACUGGAAAAUCUGGUUUGGAAGCUUUGCACACUUCGUCACGAGGCAAAGGGGGCUCUGGCUUUAGGUCGGCUAACAAUGAAGUUGGCACCGAGUCUAAUUCCAACCAGCAAUCCGAAUCAGGACUUUCUGCCGAGAUUGCUGCUGUGCUGGAAGCAAUGCAGAGGGCUCGGGUCGACGAGGCAUCCCUGCUACGAGCUACCCAGUCACCUGGCCAGGACCAAGUCAAGGACACCCCAGAUCGACAGAGUUUAUCGACCCAGGGUUAG